AGCAGAUGGAUUUAAAGAACACUGUAAUAUAUCUUGUUGUUGCCGUUUAACGUUAGAACAGCACCUAAGGCAGCAGCAGAGCGCAGUAGCUUAGGAUCUUCUCAGAUUUCCUCCAAGAAGUUCAUUUCUAGUAGACCCUGGUUGAUAAAUUUAGUCUAAAACACUUGCACGUGAGCCGCUCACUUAGUUGAAGAACUCGUCAUGGAUGUUCUAGAAGAGCCUCUGCACCUCCAUGAAGACAUAACAAAAUACUGUACAGCUAAUAAAACUUUUUCAUAAAGCUGUCCAGGAAAGAAACAAGUGUUCCUACUAAAACUGAACUUAAAGCCACGGAAAUCUUUUUUUUUCUCUUAUUUUUUUUACGGGGACUAAUUUUUGUUUCGCUCUUAAGGACUCCUACAGAUGUUCUGAUCAUUGAGACUAUUAAACAGCAGCUUCUGCUUGAGAUUUUCCAAAAUUGAAGCCAUGACCCCCAUGGAAGAGGAGGAGGACCUCAGCAUCCACAGUGAGGAUAGCAGCCCCCCUGACAGCUGGUCCUUGUUACAGACCAUGAACUAUGUGGGACAGCUGGCGGGCCAGGUGUUUGUCCAGGUGAAGGAGCUGUACAGAGGACUCAACCCUGCAACUCUGUCUGGAUGCAUCGACGUCAUAGUGGUCCGACAGCCCGAUGGCUCCCUGCAGUGCUCCCCGUUCCAUGUCCGCUUUGGAAAAAUGGGUGUGCUGAGAUCCCGGGAAAAAGUGGUGGACAUAGAGAUCAAUGGGGAGCCUGUGAGCUUGCACAUGAAGUUGGGGGAGAAUGGAGAGGCCUUCUUCGUCAAGGAGAUGGAGAACAAGCUGGAAGUGGUUCCAUCCUACCUUGCAACAUCCCCCAUCUUGUCAACAGGGGAGGAUUUAAUGGAGAAGGAGCUGCGAAGCCCACAUCAUCUUGACGGCUCACAUCCUGUCCAAAGCCUGGGAGCACAGUAUGCUGAUGGAGGUACAGAAAAGAAGAGGAGAAAAAGGAGAAGAAAGGCUAGGCCAGAGGCAGGAGGAGUUGGAGGAGCUGGAGGAGCAGGCAGGAGAGAGGAGAGUGGCGAUGACUUCUCAGAGGAUGAGGACAUGUUCACUAUUGACCUGAGCUCUGAUGACGAGAAGGAGGGAGACAACUGCAGAUCCAGUGAUCAAAGCCCAUCAGCCAACGUGCACCCAAUCAGCUGGCCUCAUUUGCAAAGCUUCAGUAAUGUGGCUAAAGAGACUCCGUCCAUCCCUGCACUGUGCGGUCUCUCCAUCUCUUGUCCUCAGAUGAUAUCUCAGUUUUCUUCUCUUGCUGGCAGUCCAGAUGAAUCACCAUCAUUAACACCAAAGAGUGAUUCAGAACUGACCAAUCGGGCCAACCCUGAGAUGCAGUGGGCGUGGGGGGAGCUACCCCAGGCCGCCCAGCCACCAUUCCUCACCUCCCAUCAGAAGCAGGAUUCUUCAGUUGCAGUCUCCAUCCCAGUUACUGCCAGCACUCAUUUCAGAGCCAUCUGUGAAACAGGGCCAGUUUCUGCUUCCAUCGCUUCCUACUCCCCUCACCCUGAGGAGACUGCAGCCCUCGAAAAGGACAAAGACAAAGAGAAUGGAGAUAGAGAGAUAGAGAACAUUGGGUCGUCAUACACAGAGACGAACAGUUUUGCAGUUUGUUCAGCAACAAAGAUUUUCCCUGAUCACCUAGAUGAAGGCAGGAACAGAGGAAGCCCAAUCAUUAGGACUGAUUCACCAUCCAGGAAGAAAGAAAAGAGAAGCCAGCAUCUUGGUGCAGAUGGCAUUUAUCUGGAUGACAUUGCCGAGCUGGAGCCAGAAGUGGCUGCUUUAUAUUUCCCUAAAAGUGAUGGAGGCAGCAGCUCCAUGAAAGGGGAGUCUGAGUUGAUGAUGAUGGAUGUGAGGAGCGCCAACCAGUCUCCACAGUCAGUGAGCAGCAGUGGGAUGGACAGUGGGAUUGACAGCUUGCUGGAUCAAAUUAGCGACCUGCCCCACGUUGCAAUCUCGUUGUGUGGAGGACUUACUGACAACAAGGAGAUAACCAGAGAGCAAUUCAUGAAGAGGACAAUUUCCUACCAGCAAUUCUCAGAAAAUCCUUCCAUCAUUGAUGAUCCAAACUUGGUAGUCAAGAUAGGAAACAAAUACUACAACUGGAGCACCGCUGCUCCUGUCAUGCUGGCCAUGCAGGUCUACAAGAAGCCCCUGCCACAGUGUUGGUGUUUGAGUUAUGUCUUUUCUGCUUUCGGCUUCUUCUCGUACUGCUUCCCAAGCCUGUUUGGCUACAGCUCCUCUCCACCUGAGUCUGUGGAGAACAUCAUGAAAGAGAGGAUGCCAAAGAAGGGUGGACGCUGGUGGUUCUCGUGGAGAAGCAGGAACACUGACUCUAAAUCGGAAAUGGUAACGGAAGCAGGAGACAGAGAAGACAACUCACUAGCUAUGGCUUCAGCAAACAGCUUCAAGGAUGAGUCUUCAUCAAGUGAUGAGGAUCACAGAAUCCCCUCUCAGGUGUCUGGAUCGUGUCAGCCAGAGGUCCUUUCAGGCACUGUCUGCUAUAAGAAGACCCUCCGCCUCACUUCAGACCAAUUGGCCAGCCUGCAGCUAAAGGAAGGUCCCAACGAGGUCGUGUUCAGUGUGACCACCCAGUAUCAAGGCACCUGUCGAUGCCAUGGCACAAUCUAUCUGUGGAGCUGGAAUGACAAAAUAGUCAUCUCCGAUAUUGAUGGAACCAUUACCAGGUCUGACACCCUGGGUCACAUCCUCCCCACACUAGGAAAAGAUUGGACACACCAGGGUAUUGCACGGCUCUACCACAGAGUCAGCUUGAAUGGAUAUAAAUUUAUGUAUUGCUCAGCAAGGGCUAUUGGCAUGGCUGAUAUGACCCGAGGUUACCUGCACUGGGUCAACGAGAGGGGAACCAUGCUGCCUAUGGGCCCGGUGCUGCUCAGCCCCAGCAGUCUGUUCUCUGCCUUCCACAGGGAAGUGAUUGAGAAGAAACCAGAGAAAUUUAAGAUUGAGUGUCUCACAGACAUCAAGCACCUUUUCUACCCAAACAGUGAACCUUUCUACGCGGCGUUUGGAAACAGAGCUACGGACGUUUAUUCCUACAAGGAGGUAGGCAUUCCUCUAAACCGAAUUUUUACUGUCAAUCCAAAGGGGGAGCUGGUUCAGGAGCAUGCCAAAACAAAUGUCUCCUCCUUUGUGCGCCUGUGUGACAUGGUUGACCACGUCUUCCCAGUCCUGGACUCAGAUGGGGAGGCCAACUUCUCUCACCCUGACACUUCAGAUGAGUGCAAUUCCUGGAACAAAGAACUAUGUGACAGCACCAGUCAGGACAAGGAAGAAGACCUGCAGGGUACAAGCUGAAGAAAUGGCAUCAGUGCUAGCAGGCAGGCUGGUACAGAGUUGUUCAUUUCACAGGCUGGCAAGAGCCAACAGUUAUCUUCUAUCGGUUUGACAGCAAAGCUCAAAAGGGAUUACAAGAACAGGGAUGGAAACAACCAGCAAACUUUUUCUUUCCAUGGAUAGUGAAAGUUGCUCUCAAGCUCAAAGAAAACACAUUUUUUGAACUUUGACUACUGAUUUAAAGUAAAUGAAAGUAUUACAAAAAUAUGACACUAACAUAUGACAACAAUCAAAAGACAUCAAACAUUUGAAUCCAGGCAAAAAAACAGCUACAAAUGAUAAAAAGCUUAAACAGAACUUGUGUAGUUAAACUAGUGUGAAACUUUUGUUAAUACAACACAGUUGGAGUUCUACAAAUGUUAGAAAUUUUUAAGGGACUGCCUUUCAAACAAACUCACUCAAAAACAAGAUUGCACUGCGUACGGUAGUAUUAAUUUACUUUAUAAGUAAUUAUUUCAACUACGGUAAUCAUUUCUUUCCACAAUACUACACCUGCACAAGAAAGAAAGUAAUGCAUCUUUAAUAAUUUAUUUAUAAAGUAUUUUUCUAGUAUAUCUAUAUAAUUUGUAAAUAUAACAUGCAAAGCAUUCUCUGUAUAGCAUAUAAAGUUGUUUUAAGUUUUGCCUGGUAAAGGUAUUCAGAAUGUAGACAAAAAUGAACCAAACCCCAAACCAUUCAGUGGAUGAAAAUAUAAAGUGCAGAAAAUGUCAUCUGGAAUCUUCUGUGCCCACAUUUUUUCAGGUUCAUUUCAUACAUGUGGUCUUUUGACCGUUCUACUGUGAAACACGUGGUCAAGGCACAUUUUAACCUGUUCAGUUACGAGGCCAAUGCAAACAUAAACAGUCUGUAUUUUUUUAAAUAUGCAACUAAAGGGACUUGUAAUAUGUUAGAAUGUUAUUUAUGAUAUUACUCAUUGUUCUAACAACUAAUGCUCAUCAAUGCAAUUUUUUUCAUGGACUUAUGAAUGACUAAGAUCUUAUAUUUUUUAUGUUUAAAGUGUUGAUACUUCGCAGAUUUGUAAAAAUCUUUUGUACUUAUGUGUAAGCCGCACUAACCUGCCCUCGAGAUGCCAGGAGCACUCCUCAUCAGAAGCAUCUAUCAGGUGUUUAAUGCAUAUUUCUUUGAAGUUUAUGUUUUUAAGCACUGGUCCUCAAAACGGCUACUAUGAUGUAUUUAUAUGUGAGAUGGAAGAUGGUCUGUGAGAUUUGUACGACUUCAAUACGAUGUAACUACUCUAAAUAAACAUAAAACAAAUGAAA